UUGCCAAAGUGUAGGUAGCGCAAGGAAACUUCAUAAACGCAUCAACAUGUUGGUUUUCUUUGCUCUUGUGAUAUCGUUAUCACUGGUCAGUUAUGCUGACCGCGUUCCUCGUUCCUGUGGGACUUGUGACCCAAGUCUUUGUGCCCCUUUACCUGAGGAUGGUUGUAAGUCUGGAACGGUCCUUGACUCAUGUGGUUGCUGUUCGCUCUGCGCCGCUGGAGAGGGAGAGCCUUGUGGGGGACGUGGAUCCACAGCUAAGAGAUGCGCGGCUGGAUUCGAGUGCGUAAAGAGCGACAAAGAGAAAAAGAGCAAGCUCGGUGUUUGCGUCUGCAAGAGCAACUAUGAAGUAUGUGGUACUGAUGGCGUGAACUACAAAACUGGCUGUGAAUUAAAGGCUGCCAGUUUGAAGGCAGUGAGCGAGAAAAAGCCCGAAAUCAAGGUUCAGAACAAAGGAAAAUGCGCGCAAGCACCUGUCAUCGUGACCGCUCCAGGGGAGAUAUGGAACGUCACUGGGUCGCAGGUCUACUUGAGCUGUGAGGCUAUUGGAAUCCCCACACCAGUGGUAACCUGGAAGAAGAUCGGCGGUGAAAAAGGUAAGACUGUUCUUCUCCCUGGAGACAGAGACAAUCUUGCCAUUCAAACGCGUGGCGGCCCAGAGAAACAUGAAGUCACUGGCUGGGUCCUGAUCUCUCCACUGACUAAAGCCGAGGCUGGCGAGUAUGAAUGCCAUGCCAUCAACGCCAAGGGAGAAACCUCUGCGGUUGGUACCAUUCAUGUGGUGGACUCCAUCCAAGACAUUCCCACAAAGAAAGCGGCCAAGGACGACGAGCUGUGAGGAGGCCGCCGCGAUACAACCCUCCAAGGGUGGUUCUUGGCAAGAUCACGGGGGGGAAGGGAGCCAACAAGAUCCACACCGAACGCGGAGAUCAGCAUUGCUUACAUUUAUCACGAAACCGACACAGCACACCUACCCCUGCUAUCAGAUACACAAAGAGUACAAUGUGCACUCUGAAGCUUUCAAAACCAGCAGCCCAAUGGAUGAAAUCUCUCUGAGAUCAGGCUUGCCUACGUGUUUCCGUGGCACACGUGCACUGCACCAUCUUUCACAGGCUUUGCUCCUCUUUGCAGUUGCAUUUAAGAUCUUUUUUUUUUUUUUUUUUCGUUUUGUCAUGAUACAGUCCUUUACUCAUUUCCUUUCUAAAUGUACAAAUGUACAUUUUUUUUACGCUCUGUUAGUGGUUAAAGGAAUGUGUUAUGGAAUAUAUAUAUCUGGACAUAAACAUGUACACAAAUGUAUUUUAUCAUGAGAAUUGUUUUAAUUGGUUGGGAAAACUUGCUUCCAAGAAAUUUUGUAAAUCCUUCUUCCCCCGCUUUUUCUAAAAAAAUAUGUCUAUCACAUUCCUCAUUCGUACGAGAGAUUGACACAAAAACAAAACUGUAACGCCCAUGUACAUGUGCUUAAUCCUACUGUUCACAUACCAAGUACUCAGGAACAGGGAAAAGUCGACAUAUUUUAGUAUUGGAAAAUGUCCUGGCAUCCAACAAGUUUGAAACUGUUGAAACGAGGGAUUUGUAUUGGAAUGUGGAGUUUGACUUGAGGUGCUUGGACUGUAAGGUACAGGUUUACUGUAGCCCUUAAGCAUGACAAUUGUCAGUACAUGCAAUUCCAGACUGGUGCUCUUAUUCAUGGUAUUGUUGAUUUUGCACAAGCAAAAGGCUUUAGUCAAUCUGGCCCUGAACUUAUUUCUCUCUUCAGUAGAGUUUAGAUGUAGUUCUUAGAGUAGUGUUUAGAGAUAGUCCUCAGUUUCCUAUGUGGCAUGGAACAUAGCUUUAGAUCUAGCUUUUUAAUCAAGCCUUUAUUCAGCUAUAAGCUGUCUUUCAGCAACAUGAACUACUAAUGUGUUCAUAAAGAUGUAAUAAACAUUGUAUAUCACUAAUGAAUAAAGUGGACUUUAUGGUUUAAGCAGA